AUGGAAAACAAGUCAGACGACGAGAUCAUCAAACGUUGGACCAUCGAGCAAAAGGAGGAAGAGCAGAACCAAAACAGCAACUCCCGGAAGCGGCCGCGGCGGAUGAUCGAGGCAUCCACCACCCACUCCAUCAGAACCUCGACGAGUAUCUCCGAAAACGCCUUCCCCGUUGACGCGCCAGCCCACCACUCAUCCCCACCUCCCCAACAAGCCCGGCAGCCGCUCUUGCUCGAGGUUGUUAACGGACCUAAACCGGACACCCAGACACCCGAUCUGAUAGACCUCUCAGACUCCUACAAAGCCACCGCACUGCGUCGACGAGAUGGCGUAAUACUACCAGCCUUCGAGCAGCAACAGCAAAAUCCCCGCAUCAUUGUCCGGCUCCCGCCUACCUGUAGCUACCAGGCCCUCGUACCUGAGACCGCCACGCCUCCAAGUCGCAAGACGCCGAGCGGCAAGACGCCGAGCCGGCAGACCUUGGUCACAGGGGCGCUGGACCUUGAGGGGCUGCUUGCGAGGUAUCGGCAGUAG